GUCUCCCCGCAGCCCUGCCUCCCUCUCGCCUCCUGCUUCUCUUUUCACACACAGGACGCCCAGGAGCCCUCCGUCUCAGAGAUGCCGCCGCUGCUGCUGUCCCUGCUGUGGGCAGGGUCCCUGGCUCAGGGUUCGAGCUACUACUGGCUGCAAGUGCGGGAGUCCGUGACGGUGCAGGAGGGCCUGUGUGUCCGCGUGCCCUGCUCCUUCUACUAUCCCUGGAGCUACUGGGACGACUCUGUCCCAGCUUUUGGCUACUGGUUCCGGGAAGGGGCCAAUGAGAAGCUGGAUGCCCCAGUGGCCACAAACAACCCAGAUCGUAAAGUUCAGGAAGAGACCCAAGGCCGAUUCCACCUCCUAGGGGACCGUGGAGACAACAACUGCUCCCUGGACAUCAGAGACGCCAGGAGGAGGGAUGAAGGUUCAUACUUUUUUCGUGUGGAAAGAGGAAGUACACUAUGGAGUUAUAAGUCUAACCAGCUCUCCUUGCAUGUGACGGCCCUGACUCACACACCCCACAUCCUCAUUUCUGGGACCCUGGAGUCUGGCUGCCCCGGGAACCUGACCUGCUCUGUGCCCUGGGCCUGUGAGCAGGGCACGCCCCCCAUCUUCUCCUGGACGUCAGCUGCCCUCACCUCCCUGGGCCCGAGGACCCACCUCUCCUCAGUGCUCACCAUCACCCCACAGCCCCAGGACCACGGCACCAACCUCACCUGUCAGGUGAAGCUCCCCACAAGUGGUGUGAUCGUGGAGAGGACCAUCCAGCUCAAUGUCACAUGUGCUCCACAGAACCCAACAAGAGGUGUGUGCUUAGGGGAUGGCACAGGAAAAUCGGGGACCAAGGCAGGAGUGAUUGAGGGGGCCAUUGGGGGAGCUGGUGUCACCAUGUUGCUUGUUGUCUGCCUCUGCCUCGUCUUCUUCACAGUGAAGACCUACAGGAAGAAGGCAGCCAGGACUGCAGUGGGUGUGGAGGACGUCCACCCUGCCAUAGGGCCAACUUCCCUGCAUCACCAGCAGGAGUCCAAGUUAGAGGAUCCUCCUGACCCCACAAGCUCGGCAGGGGCCACCCCCACCUUGGGGAUGGAGCAGGAGCUGCAUUACGCCUCCCUCACCUUUCAUGGGGUGCAUCUUCAGGAGAGCACCCACUCAGAAUACGCGGAGAUCAGGACCAAGAAGACCCAGCCCCGUGAAGUCAUCUGGCUAAACACCUUCUUAUCCUUCAAAAGCGGCCCCACCCUGCAGGCUGGCCACUGGCCGCUGUGCGGCCGCGUCAAUCAGGUGUGGGAGGGACAGGCUGUGGACCGGGACCCGGGAGACACCUUUGGGCUGUACUCGCUGCUUAUGCUGCUAUUACCACCACCGCCGCUGCUGCUGUCCCUGCUGUGGGCAGGGUCCCUGGCUCAGGGUUCGAGCAACUACUGGCUGCAAGUGCAGGAGUCCGUGACGGUGCAGGAGGGCCUGUGUGUCCGCGUGCCCUGCUCCUUCUACUAUCCCCGGAGCUACUGGGACUACUCUGUCCCAGCUCACGGCUACUGGUUCCGGGAAGGUGCCAGUAUCUACCAGGAUCCUCCAGUGGCCACAAACAACCCAGAUCGUGAGGUGCUGACGGAGUCCCAGGGCCGAUUCCACCUCCUUGGAGACCCCCGGGCCUACAACUGCUCCCUGGACAUCAGAGAUGCACAGAGGGGAGACACGGGCACAUACUUCUUUAGGGUGGAGAGAGGGCCUGUUGUGAAAUAUAGUUACAAAGAGAACAUGAUCUUCCUGAAUGUAGCAGCUCUGACACAGACACCCGACAUCCGCGUCCAGGGGACCCUGGAAUCCGGCCGCCCCAGGAACAUCACCUGUGCAGUGCCCUGGGCCUGUGAGAGGGGGACACCCCACACCUUCUCCUGGAUCGGGGCUGCCCUCACUUCCCUGCACCCCAAGAGUCCCCAUUCCUCAGUGCUCACCCUCGCCCUGAGGCCCCAGGACCAUGGCACCAACCUCACCUGUCGAGUGACCUUCCCCGGAGCUGGCGUGAGCACCGAGAGGACCGUCAGGCUCAACGUGUCCUAUGCACCCCAGAAGCCGACCAUCAGGGUGUUCCGGAAAGAAGGCACAGGACCUGAAACUCUGGGCAAAAGCCUAUCUCUCCCAGUCCAGGAGGGCCAGUUCCUACGCCUGGACUGUGUCACCGACAGCAACCCUCCGGCCACGAUGAGCUGGACCCGGGGGAACCUGACCCUGAGCCCCUCAAAUUCCUCGACCCCUGGGGUCCUGGAGCUGCCCCGGGUGGAACUGGGGGACCAUGGGAAAUAUGUCUGCCGAGCUCAGCAUCCGCUGGGCUCCCAGGAAGCAUCUCUGAGCCUCGUUGUGAAAAACCCCCCGCAGCUGCUGGGACCCUCCUGCUCCCCGGAGGAUGAAGGUCUGCAUUGCAGCUGCUCCUCCCGAGCCCAGCCGGUCCCCUCCCUGCGCUGGCGGCUGGGGGAGGGGCUGCUGGAGGGGAAUUUCAGCAACGCCUCCUUCAAGGUCACCUCCAGCUCGGCUGGGCCCUGGGCCAACAGCUCCCUGAGCCUCAGCGAGGGGCUCAGCUCUGGCCUCAGACUCAGCUGCGAGGCCCUGAACGGCCACGGGAAACAGAGCGCCACUGUCCUGCUGCUUCCAGGGAGGCCAGCACCCAGGACCGGUGUGGUUUUGGGGGCCGUCGGGGGAUCUGGCGUCACAGCCCUGCUAGCUGUCUGCCUCUGCCUCAUCUUCUUCGUAGUGAAGAUCUACAGGAAGAAGUCAGCGGAGAAGGCAUCAAGCAGAGAUGGCGUCCGUCCAGCGUUGAGUUCCAUCUCUCUGGGUCACCUCAAUGAAUCCUGUUCAGACAGCCCCUCAGACUACCAGACCCCAGCUCCGGCCACCUCCACCUCAGGGAAGGAGCAGGAGCUCCAUUAUGCCACCCUCAAUUUCCACAGGCUGAGGACCCACAACUUUCAAGACCAGGACACCACUGAGUACUCAGAGAUCAAGAUCCAGAAAUAAUGCCCCCGCCCCCAACCCCAGAACCAGGCUGGAGCCCAGAAAAUGCAUCUCUGAAGAAAAUGUGUGCCAGGCACCGAUUCUUGAAGACUUGACUGCCCUCUGAGCCAGAGCUUAUAAAUGAGAAUGUGAAGCUCCUUGGAGUGGCUAAAGAUCACAGAGAGUCUUAGGUUCAAAUCCAGACCCUGGUAACCCUAAGGGUGUUAUAUCAGGCAAGUCACUUUACCUCUCUGUGCUUCAGUUUCCUUCUCUGUAAAAUGGGGAUAAUAUCCAUUAGGUAUAUUGUUAAGUGGGAAAAAUGCACUUUGGGAGUUGUUAACUACAUUGUUAUGUGUUAAGUUUACCUCAGGAUGGAGGGAGAUGUCAGCUUUUGGCUCUACCACACGUUUCUAUUUUGCCUGACUAUUUUUAAGAACAUGAAUUAUUUUUUGUUUGUUUGUUUUUCUGGGAGGGAGGAGAUAAAACAUGUAUUAUUUUUUUAAAGUAAAUCUAAAUUUACCUCUCUGGAUGGAGAAGAUAUUUCCCAAUACAUGUAUCUAACAAAGGACACCCAGAAUAUACAAUGAAUAUAUUUUUUUAAAUAAUAAAUAAUUUAAAAAUAAA